CCUAACCUAGUCCAAGUUUCCUCAAUAUUUCAAACAGCCCUUUGCCUGCCCCCCAGCCCUACACUGCCCACAGCUGAGCCCGUUACAUCAUGUCUUCCUUCCUAGCAUGACCUAAGGGCUCGAGGAAGCUCAGACGUGAGCCGGAGAGAAGAGUGUGCAGUGGGAACAGGCAUCUCCCUCUGAGUUCUGAGCCCUGGGCCCCUCAGAGCAGGACACAAUGUCUCGGUGGCCUCCCUAAACCAGCUGGGAAUAUAGUUCUGUGUUGUUGAGUACUUGCUAGAUACAGGGCCCAGGCUAGCGCAGGGGAUGGAGACCUGAGUGGGACACGGCCCCUGCCCUCAGGAAGCUUAUAUUCUGCUUUAAUUGGGGAGUGGAGGGAGAGAGGAGAGAGAAAGAAGCCCAGGAGAAAUGCAUGUUUAAAACUACAUAAGAUGAGAGAAUUGCCUUAAGAGCUAUAAACUGCUACAAGCAGGAAGAGAAGGGUCCUCAAUUCCUGAGCACCCACUGUGUCCAGGCCUUUCCCGUGUGUUUCCUCUUGUCAUCCCCGGGGACCCCGUCAGUGGAAAUAGGCGUAAUAGUAGCUGCCAUUUGUGGAGCACACACAAUGUGCCAGACUUUUCCUAAGCGCUUCAAUCCUUAUAACCACUAACAGGUAAGUCUUAUAUCUCCAUUUUAUGACGAGAAAACAGGAUCAGAAAGGUUAAAUAACAAGGCUGACAUCUGGCAGGAUGUGUGGUAGGGUGAGGAGACGGCAACCCAGGUCUGGCGAGGAGGGGCACUGGAGGAAAUUCCAGAAGGCAUUCCAGGCAUCGGGAGCCGCAGGAGCAUGGUUAGGACCCCAGGGAAGCCCGGGGCAGUCAGAGCACAGCAGGUGAGGCUGGGGGUGGGGGUGAAUGCCAGGGUGAGGGGGGUAUGUCCCUUUUGGAGAUGGGGAGAGAGAACAGGAGCCCCAGGGCUGGCUGCGGGCCUGCCCACUAAUGCUGCUCCCUGACUUGUCCACUCAUUCAAUCUUUCAACAAGUAUUUAUUGGUGCCAACUCUGUGCCACAUAGUAAAGAGAACAGCCAGAAAUCCCUGCCCAGACAGACAUGUUAACCACAGCGUGUCAGAAGGUGAUGUGUGCAAUGGGAGAAAGCAAAGGUAGAGCCAGAGAAGGGGCACGAGGAAUGCGAGGUGGGGGCGGGGGAGCAGAGGGCAAUAUCCAAAGAGAUGGUCAGGGUGGGCUUUCUGCGUGGGUGACGUUUGAGCCCAGGCUAGAGGAAGCCAACAGGAAGAAGAGACAGCCAGUGCAAAGGCCUGGAGGCGCGUGCCUGUUUGAAGAGGAGGCCAGGGUGGCUGGAGCAGAGCGAGCAGGGGCGUGGCCAGAGAUGCGAUCAGAGGAGUGGGGGGGGGGGGCAGUGUGAGGGCUCCUGGAGCCUAGGAGGGACUUUGGUUUGGACUCUGAGUACGAUGGGGCCAUUGCAGGGUGUGGGGCAGAGGGGAGACAUGGUCUGACUUAGAUUUCCACUGCAUCGCUCUGGCUGCUGUGUGGAGAACUGACGGGAAAGGGGCAAGAGGGGAGGCCAGUGAGGGGCAGGAAUCCAAGUGGAGGUGAUGGUGGCUUGGGCCAGGGUGGUAGCUGUGGAGGAGGCAAGGAGUGGUUGGAUUUGGGAUGUGUUUUGAAGGUCAUAUUAAUAUUAGGUGAGGUGUGAGAGAAAGGCAGGGGUCAAGGGUUGGCGCCCCCAUUUGAAGCCUUCCUAGCAUUCCUCGGGCAGUGGCGCCUCCGCACUGGAUCUAUUUACCCUCGAAAGAAGGACCCCCUCCUCUGUGCCUCCACCUCCCGCUGUCCUCCAGGGAGAGGGAUUCAGGUCCUGUCCUGAUAGUUUGAUAGUUUGAUAGUAGUUGUCCAAAGAGAAAUGGGCAGUCACAACCUGGUCAGCCCCAGGCAGAGAGACACGCCACCCUUUAUACACUCAAAAUCCCCAGCUUUCUCCUGGGAAAAAGGCUCGGAGAAGAGGAGGCUGUUUGUGACUCACACGGGUUGUCAUUGUGGUAAACAAGCCAGGGAGAGGGUGGAGCUUCGGGCCCUGGUGAGUCACUCCCCUGGGGGUUGUUUCCCCUCCUUGGACUGGGGCGGUUCCCCGAUGCCCAGGCAACUGCAACUGCGGGCUGGGCCUGCCCCCUGGUGGCCAUGCUCCUUCUCGCUGGCGUCGCUGCCUGUUCCGGGGAGGGUGGGCCACCUGGUACGUAGGGCUGUGGGGACGAAUAGGAGGUGGGCCGGGCUGGGCUGGGCAGGCGGGGCCUUGCAAGGAGCAGGCCUAUUAGACUUUAGCUGACUGAGGCAGCCCUGGACGGCCUGACUUGGGGCCUGAGCCCGGCUGCCCCGCUUGGUCACGCUGCAAGGCCGUGUUGGCUGGCAGGGGCUCAAGUCGCCGUGGGCCAUCAUUCCUGCCCCAUGAGAUUCACACUCUGCACACCUCCCCGGCCCGUCAGGGCCACCCAAGUUGGCUUGCUCCCCUCUCCUGGGCACCGGGCCACUGCUCACCCUCCCGCCACGGUUAAACAUUAGCGGCAGGUUAUCAGUCCAGGGUCCGAGGGAGAGGGAGGGUAGAAUCUCACUUUGACCAGCGCCUCCUCUGCUGGAGCCACGGGUACCCGCCCUGCCUGACAAUGCCUGUGGAGGAGUUUGUGGCCGGCUGGAUCUCUGACUUGUUUCCUUGGCCUGGCUCGAGGGCCCUCACUCAUAGCACCUUCUUGUCACCACAGGAGCUCUGGGCUUGGUCCUGGGAUACCCCUUUGACACUGUAAAGGUGCGGCUACAGACCCAGACCACGUACCGGGGCAUCGUCGACUGCAUGGUCAAGACUUACCGCCAUGAGUCGCUCCUGGGCUUCUUCAAGGGGAUGAGCUUCCCCAUCGCGAGCAUCGCCGUGGUCAACUCCGUCCUUUUCGGGAUCUACAGCAAUACCCUGCUGGCUCUCACAGCAACCUCCCACCAGGAGCGGCGGGCCCAGCCGCCCAGCUACACACACAUCUUCAUAGCCGGCUGCACUGGGGGCUUCCUGCAGGCCUACUUCUUGGCCCCUUUCGACCUCAUCAAAGUCCGGCUGCAAAACCAGACAGAGCCGAGGGCGAAGCCAGGGAGCCCCCCACCGCGGUACCGGGGGCCUGUGCACUGUGCCGCCUCCAUCUUCCAGGAAGAAGGGCCCCGGGGGCUGUUCCGAGGGGCCUGGGCCCUGACGCUGAGGGACACCCCCACCAUGGGGAUCUAUUUUAUCACCUACGAAUGUCUCUGUCACCAAUCCACGCCAGAGGGCCAGAAUCCCAGCUCAGCCACAGUGCUGGUGGCAGGGGGCUUUGCCGGCAUCACCUCCUGGGUCACGGCCACCCCCUUAGACGUGAUCAAGUCCCGGAUGCAGAUGGCUGGGCUAAACCAGAGGGCUCACCGAGGGGUGCUGGACUGCAUAGUAAGCAGCGCCCGGCAGGAAGGACUGGGGGUCUUCUUCCGGGGGCUCACCAUCAACAGUGCCCGCGCCUUCCCUGUCAACGCCGUCACCUUCCUCAGCUACGAAUACCUCCUCCACUUGUGGCAAUGAGCUUGGCCAGGCAAAGCUGGCAGCUCCCCAGCGAGACCACCGCCCAACUGCCUGGACCGGAGGCCAAGUUGAAAGCACCAGCUGUGAUUCCGAUAUGGAUGCAGGAAGCUCAGCCCUUCCUCAUCAGGGCAUCUCCCAGCCUCGCGUAGGCAGAGGGGGCUGGGGAGACGGCAGCCGGGCCAGGACUCCCCCGUCUGGACGCAGCCCAGAAUCCAAGGCUGGCAGCCCUUGCCUUGGUUCCUUUCCUUCCCGAGUCUGUGAAGUGAACUCACUAGCCAGCAGUGCUGGUGACACUCCGGCCCCAUCCGGUGACGUCACUCCUUGAAGAGCUCUCAGAGGCCCCGCUGGGCAGCCUCAGCGCCAGCCAGGCCCUGGAUUCCUGUGAUGCCAUCCUGUCCUGGUGGGCCCCCCACCCCACCUCAUUCCACACCUCUCCCUGCACCGCUGGAGAGCAGCCUUUACGACUCUGCCUGUCCUUCAGUGGCUCCCGUCACCUUCAGGAAAAAGCCGGAACUCUCCCAGCUCCUGGGCCCUCCCUGCCCACUAGCUUUCCUCCCCCUUGGUGGCCCUGGCAGCCCAGCCCCGCUCGUGGAGAACAAGCUGUGUUCUCCCGUCACCCUCAGCCUGGAAGGCUUGUUCCCUCCUGGCCAACAGUGGCCGCAGGGUGACUCCAUCGUCCCUCUGGCUGAGCCCCUGAGGCCGACCACUGUCUCCUGGAGUCCUUCCUCAGCUCGCGUCCUCAUUGCCUCAGACUGAGUGUGGGGUUUGCAGACCCCGCCGCCCACAUGCCUUGCUCGUAGCCCUCGCCUGCGCUUAUCAAGGUUGUUGACUUCUUGCUGUCCUCGCUGGACCCGGAGCUCCUGGAAGUCUGGGGUCUUCUGAUCAUUUCCCAGGAAGGAGCCUGAUGCAUAAGCUGCCGGUAAAUGGUUGUUGAAUGAAGUGCCGAUUCCACUCCGCACCCCUCUCCUCCCACUGCAGCCCCCCACCUGCUUCCUUGGUCCUGCUCCCCCAUCUCUGAGAGGUUGCCCUGCCCGGGGCCCCUCUCGGGGUUGUCUCCAGUGGAGGUCCAGGAGUCAAGGGUGUCUACUUGGCCCACUCCCAUCCGAUGGGACUUGUUUUCUUUACCCAUCUCGACUGCUAAGUGGGAAUUAAAAACUGACUAAGAGGGUUCAUUUAACUGACAAUAAAGUGAGCAGAAUUUGUACCCGCUAA